AUGGUAAGUUCUAAAUUAUUACCUUCUAAGAAAGCUCUGAAUAAUUUGAAGUUCCUUACAGUUUUAUCACCCAGGUAGAAAAGUUGCAGUUAAAGGUAGCAAAGGUGGCGCUAUUGUUUAAGCUGCUCCAUUACUGAUCUUCACUUCGUUAGUAUUGAUUUCUUUGCUUUUAAAGACGAUCCAUACAAUCGUGCUAGAAACUUCUUCCCUGGAGCAUUCAUUUUUGUUAUUAAAGGAGAAACCUAAUCUUACUUUAAUUAGAUGUUUAACUACUUGAAUAACUAGAAUGGUAAUAUUUAUUUACACGCAGGAGAAACCCAAUUCUUCCCUCAAGGUGGCAUAGAUAAUCAUUACACUAACAAAAACUACAUCAAUGAUAACCUAAUUCAUGCAGCUCUUCUUCCUGGAGUUAAGAGAAUAGGUCAUGGUUUUGAAUCCUACAAGAAUAAUUUGCUUUUGAGUAUCAUCAAUAAAAAGAAUAUUCAUUCGAAUCUUGCCCUAUUUCCAAUUAAGUAUUGA